GGGAGAGGAGAGGGAUGUGGAAGCGCGAAUGAGCAAGGCGGGGGCUAAGGAAAUUAUAUGGGCACUGGUGGUGCAGAGCUGGCAGGAGCAGUGGAACAGCAACACUAAGGACAGGCAUCUAUUCCCUGUUCAGAAGAAACGUAGCUGGCAGGUAGGAUUCAGUGCCUCCCAGUACAGUGGGUGGCGCUAAUGCACCAUAACGUUGGAUGCCAACUACUGUAUUGACCACGUGACAUUUGAAGAUGGCUGCCUGCGUGGAGAAAAAAAUAAAUUCAGAUGAACAGGAGUGGAUACUGGAGCCUCUGUGUUUCCCUGAGCAGCCAGCUACAGACAUCGGCACCAACUCAUCCUCUCAUCAUGACAUGGAGGUGGUGACCUGUGUGCUCUGCUCUCACUCCGCCCCUUUGUCAGAGAAGGACCGCCUCCUAAAGCACCUAGUACUGGUGCACAAGCUGGUCAUCGCUGAUGUCAAACUCAUCGCUGACUUUCCUAAAUACAUGGAAUACUGGAAGAACAGAAUCUCUGAGCAACCCAUCACAGAUUUCUGCAGUGUGAUCAAGACUAACUCGCAGGGCCCUGUUGAAAAACAGGAGCACUACUUCCUUUUGUGCGAUGUCCUGCCAGAGGACAGGGUCCUCAGAGAACAUCUCCAACAGAAACGACUGGAGGAGAUCCUGGAGCAGCAGCAGAGGGAGAGGGAUGACGACAGCUUCCAGCGCAUCUGCAUGUUCUGCAAUGACGAGUUCAAUGGGAACAGGUCGUCACUGCUCAACCACAUGGCCAGGGAGCACUCGUUCAACGUGGGACUGCCUGACAACAUAGUGUACUGCGUAGAGUUCCUUGACCACCUACAGAGCAAACUGGAUAAUCUGCAGUGCCUGUAUUGUGAGAAAACAUUCAGAGACAAGACGACACUGAAGGAUCACAUGAGAAAGAAACAGCACCGCAGAAUCAAUGGCAACAACAGCGAGUAUGACUGCUUCUACAUUAUCAACUACCUGGAGCUGGGGAAAACAUGGGAAGAGGUCCAAUCUGAGGAUGAUCGGGAGAUGGAGGAUGAAGAUGAUGAUUGGUCAGACUGGCAGGCUCACCCAGUGUGUGCUGUGUGCCUGUUCUGUGAGCAGCAGUCAGAGAGCAUGGAGAAGAUCUACACACACAUGGAGGAAACACACGGAUUUGAUCUGCACAAGUUGAAGACCGAACUCAAUCUGCGGUUCUACCAGCAGGUCAAACUGGUAAACUACAUCAGACGAGAGAUCCACCAGUGCCGUUGCUACGGUUGCCAGGAAAAGUUUGGGUCCAAACCUGAGGUUAUACGUCAUGUAAUGGAGGCAGGUCACGUGAUGCAGCUACCAGAGACGUCAACCUGGGACCAACCACAGUAUUACUUCCCCACCUAUGAGAACGACGCCCUCCUCUGUGCCUUGUCGGACAGUGACAGUGAAUCGGAACACACAGGCCCUUGGAGAGACGUCCCUGUCAUAGCUGAGGACAUCUCUAACCUGAAAGUCCUGAAGCAGACCAGCGUCCUCAGCCACCUUCUGAAGAACACAGACAGCUCUAGUUAAAAAGCUGUAUGGAUGGACCAAUGAUGUUAUAAACUCAGUGGAGGAUGCUCAGAGGAGAACGGCUCAUAGAGGGACACAGUGCUUCGCUGUAUCUCCAACAAGACGGUGAUGCCCAUCAGACACUGUGCACUUAGCAGACCGGCACACAUGUGCAGAAAUGAACAUGGCCUGUUUCACAAGAAUUUCCUGAGCCUGGACUACAUUUAUGUAUGAUUUAAUGUCAUACUUGGUACAAAUCACCAUGUACAACAUACCUGCAGGUGGAUUUGUUUCAUAUAGUAUGAUUGCUGACAAACGUGACCUCACUGCAGAGAUGUGACAAUUCCUAAAUGUAAAUAAACAUUAUGAAUAUACUAUAA